AUGUGGCGAGUAUUUCGGCGUUUUUUCUUCCUGAUCUUGAUGAAAGCUGUCUUUCCUAUCAAUACAAAAUACGCUGACGCUUCGAACCUGUACGAGGAGACAAUUGACAAGAUUUUUGCUGACAUAGAAGCCGAGCGCAGGCUGAUUUUUAGCAGCGGAAGAUGGAUUCAGGCUUUCAACUGGUCGCCGGCUACGAACAACCAAUCAUCGCUCAACGAGCUCACCCGGUUAAAUAACGGUCUCCUAAAACUCAAGAAGAACAUCAAGGAAGAGCAGCUGGGCGUGAAACGAGUGGACGGACAAGUGAGGGUCAACAUCGAUGUAAAACUCCUAUUUCAUAACAACCACGACGAGUUACCCAAAAACAAAUAUUCGCUCAGCUAUUUGCCUUUGAUGGGCAUGCUCUACAACGCUAAUCCGCGUGAACCCGAGGUCCUGCACAAUUUUCGACGUGGCUGCGAUAAAUAUAACCCACUAAAGCUGAUGCAGGAAUAUGCAGAAGCCCUUUCGGUUAAUGCGGGGCUGCAGCCUACUUCUCAAAUGAUGGUCGUCAACGAGUUGUUACGACUCGAGCGGCGCGCAACAGACGAUCGAUUACACUUCUAUAUGCUUGCAAUUCUUCAUACGGAAUGCCUGGCGCUAAGCCAACGUAAUGUCCUGCGACGAAAGGGGCCAAUUCCCCUCACCGGACUCUAUCAGUAUGCCGUCGUCGCACUAAACAUUCUACAAAGAAAAUAUUUAGCCGCCGCGCGGCUGAUUGCGAUGCAUGGAGAGCUA